AAAAUGCAUACGAUUUGCCUCCGGUGAAAUAAAGGAGGGAUAAAGAAAGAGAAAGGGAUAGUGAUCGGACGCAUGGAGGUCUGAUGUGAUGAACUGAUCUUAUAUGAGUGAUUACAGGUUGUUUCGAGCAGUUAUGGUGUCACGGACGCGUUUGAAAGGGAUCGUGUCAUUUCGGCGUGUGAUUGAUGUUUCUGAAUGAGAGUUUUCUCACAGGCCUCAGAUAUCAAACUCAUUUUCAGCAUCAGACACCAGAGAGUUUAUUUUCCGAUCUCGCAUCUGUCCCUAAGUUAUCUGUGAAGUUUUGGAGAUGAAGAGGGUGAAUAGUUUCCAGAGGUUUAUGAACAGUCGUGCGGCUGCGAACAGCCGUUACAAACCAACAUGUUAUGAGCAUGCCGCCAACUGCUACACCCAUGCUCUUUUGAUCGUCCCAGCGUUCGUGGGCAUGGCUCUGUUGCACCGGCUCUCUGAUGAUCGCUGGGAACGGAUCACGGCUUGGAUUUACGGCAUGGGCCUGAUCGGCCUGUUCCUCGUCUCCACCGUCUUUCACAUCAUCGCAUGGAAAAAGAGUCACAUGAGGAGCAUGGAGCACUGUUUCCACAUGUGUGAUCGAGUCGUCAUUUACUUCUUCAUCGCUGCCUCAUAUACACCAUGGCUGAAUUUACGUGAACUCGGUCCUCUGGCAGCUCACAUGAGAUGGUUUGUGUGGUUGAUGGCGGCGGCGGGAACAAUCUAUGUAUUCAACUACCAUGAAAAGUAUAAGUUAGUUGAAUUGGCCUUUUACCUGACCAUGGGAUUUUUCCCUGCUCUGGUGGUGACAUCAAUGAGCAACACAGAUGGAUUGUAUGAGCUGGCGUUCGGAGGCUUCAUCUACUGUCUGGGUGUCGUCUUCUUCAAAUCGGACGGCGUGAUACCGUUCGCUCACGCCAUCUGGCACGUCUUUGUGGCGCUUGCUGCCGCCGUCCACUACUACGCCAUCUGGAAAUACCUGUACCGUAGCCCCACGGCAGAUGAAAUCAGAGAUGCCUGACCGCUUCCCAUGCCUCCUCCUUAAACUUGAGCUCUUACUCAUCAUUUCCAUUCAUUUGCAUUUUUCACGCCCCAUCUGUCACUCAAUUGAUCCAAAAAAUCCACCGGGAACAUCAGCUAGACAUGUUUACCAGUACGACCAUGCAAUGUUUACAGUUUUCUAACAAACUCGGAGCAGUAUGUAUGUAUGCGUUUCGAUUUCAUCAGUAUUGUGUAAAUAUUGAAAUCCAAGCAUAGAUAUAUGAAUAACUUUGAUUUUUGUGCAUUCUGACACACACACAUAACAAAUGUAGUGAAUUACUUGAUAUAUUCAUCUUUCUGUCUUAAUUCCAUGCUUUGGUAUUGAUAAAAAAUAUAUUUUUACAUCUAAACUUGCUCACUUUUACCUCAGAUACUUCAGUCUGUUGUUGUGGUUUCCUAAAUCUUUCCUUCAUAUUCUGCUCAUUCGGCAGAUUUUAAAAAGUGUUACGUCGAGGUUUCUCCGCUACACUUUUCUAACCACAUGUGGAAGAACCGCAUAUAUUUCGUAUUUUAUUUUUAUCCUUGAAUUGUGUUGGUGAGAAACUGAGGGAGAUAUUUAACAACUAUUUCAAUGUUGCCAGCUGUUUUACAGGUUUUUAACACUUUACAACGUUUUUCUUGCUGUUUCUCAAAUGCAGCACAAAUCAUUCAGUCGACUCUGGACGGUUAAGUUUUAAAGAUUAGAAAGAUUAAGAUAUAAAUGUGUCCAGGUUUAUCCACAGUUAUCACGGAAAAGAAGCCGUUUUUAAUUUUCCAUAACGUUUUUAUGAAUCGCUAUUCGAUAUUGAUCUGAGCAUGAUGAUGAAGUUUGUCUUCAAACUUUAAAGAGAAGAUUUACAAGACUUCACUUUCCGUCAUCUGUGUCUAGUGGUUUAUAGCAGAAGAGGAUCAUGAGAUAUUGAGUUGAAUGAUAAUCCUUCAGGUCUCAUCAUCUUCAUUCCAGACUUUCAAUUGCAUUUCUGCAGAAAACAUUUCCGACACUGUGAAUAAACAUUGAAAGCGGUUGAAUUGCAGUUCAGAUGAAUGUAAGCCUGAUGUGAGAUCCCAGUCUGGAGGCUCAGAGAUUGUUGAAUUUCUCAGCUCUGAUGGGACUGUGACGUUGUCUGUAUUGGUGUUAUUUUAAUGUUCAAAGACUAAAGUGUGUGAUAUUUCAUUGUGGUUGAUUAACACAAUUCUGUCAUUUGAACUUUAGUGUUCGGAUUGGAUGAACGUGGUGUUCAUGAAUUGUACUCUGGGACAAACUGACUUUUGUAAAACUUUAUACAUCUUGUUGUGGCACAUAAUACUGCACUGUCUGAUGCUUCUGCUGUUUUCAUCACACAUGAUGUUUUGGUGCUGGUGUCGCAGUACUGUACAUGUCUGAUAUUUACGUUUUAAUAAAGACAGCAUUAACAGUA